AUGGACAAAAAAGACAAAAAGGAUAAAAAUGAUGAAAAGGACGACAAAGACAAUAAGGGUGAAAAGGACCAAAAGGACGAAAAAGACAAAAAGGACGAAAAAGACGAAAAGGACCAAAAGGACGAAAAGUACGAAAGGCACGAAAAGGACAGAAAGUAUAAAAAGGAUAAAAAGGGCGAAAUGGACGAAGAGGACCAAAAGGACCAAAAGGACGAAAAAGACGAAAAGUAUAAAAAAGACAAAAAAGACAAAAAGGAUAAAAAUGAUAAAAAUGAUGAAAAGGACGAAAAAGACGAUGAGGACGAAAAGAACCAAAAGGAAGAAAAGGACAAAAAGAACCGAAAGGAUGAAAAGAACAAAAAGUAUAAAAAGUACAAAAAGGACAAAAAGGACGAAGAAAACGAAAAGGACGAAAGGGACGAAGAGGAACAAAAGGACGAAAAAGACAAAAAGGAUAAGAAGGACAAACAGGAUAAAAAGUGUAAAAAGGAUAAAAAGGACCAAAAGCACCCGAAUCGGUCAAUUACUGAUGUGAAGCAAUUAGGCAAACUCGUUGGUGGUUUUAGUUCGCGUUAA